AUGUCGAGCCAAAACCCGACCACACCCGUCAAGGUGCCCUCGUCGGCUGCCAACUACACCGCAGCCACACUCGACCAAGAUUUGAGAUCGCAGAUCAACUCAAUACUAAUAAAAGAGGGCCAUGUUACGAAAAUCCAAGAACACCUCCUCCACGCGCUGCACGCCCACCCUUCCAACUGGCCCACAACCAUACAAAAUCACGCACUUGCGCUCCUCCGCUCCGGAGACGUCACCACCUUCCCCGCCCUGCUGCGCCGCGUCAUUGAAGACGUCCGGCAAGACACGGCCCUGUCUCCCAAUGCCAACGGCAGCAAGGCCGCCAACGGGGAUGCCGAGGAGAACGGCAGCGGUGGGGUAAAUGGCCGAAAGAGCGAAGGCAUCAAUGGCGUCGGCAGCAACGCCAGACCCAGCCUCGCCGUCCCCCAGUCCGUCGUCGAACAAGCACUCAAGGUAACCCGCGAAUGCCUGGAGUCGGUUUGCGAGAUAGACGAGAACGGGACGACAUGA